UGCCAUAUCUCGCCCACAUACAUCACUCAGAUAGACCCAUUAAGUGCACUGACUGAAGGAUUCCCGGCAGACUACGGUGCUUGUUAUCAUUGGGGAUGUGGGUUGACGUUCUAUGGAUUGUCCAGCAGUGGGCGAGAUCAUUUGGGUAAACCGGAUGGAAUUCCUCUCAGCACUGACCAUAUAAGGACCGAUACUUUCCGCUUGACCUCGACCUACGCUGGAAGGGACUUGCAUUUAUGUAUAGAGCGCUUGAGUGUCACAGCAGUCCAUAAGUGCGUCAGGAUGAGGGGUUUCAUGCUCGUGCUGGUGGGGACUCUUGUCACGUUGGAGGUUAUUCAGCUGAUCUGCGCCCAAACUGCAGGUGAUGGGGACUGUGCGGUGAUGGAUAUGUGCGACCAGUGCGUCAGUCUCUCCUUCAACUCCACACGAUGCAUCUGGCGAAUCUGUGACAAUGAAAACCUGACAGGAUGUGUAACGGACAAAGCAGACUUCUCAAAUUGCAACAGAUUAAACGAAACUGCCAUGUGUUCAGAGGUCGAUAUUGAUGUUAAUAUCGACAUUAAUAUUGAGCAAACAGAUGAAACGAAACCGGCUGCGUCCAACCCUGAGUUCUCCCAGGCCUCCUUCGACCUGUCCAGCUUCAUCGGUGGCAUCAUCCUGGUCUUGGUACUGCAGGCUGGAGGCUUCUUCGCCAUGCGCUUCCUGAAGACCAAGGACAGCACCUACGAGACCAUAGAUCAGCCCCAGUGACAACGGAGCAUUUUAAAGAGCGACGAAGAUCGCAUUGAUGGUUAAUGGCAUCCUCAUCAUAGUUUCAGUGGUCACUGUAACUAUCUGUUUAUUUAUUUCUGUAUUCAUUUCAAUCACUGCUUCCUCUUUUUACACAGGAGGCUAGCUGUGUUUUCACUGUCAAGGUUCAUCAACUGUCGCUAUGUGUUUGAGUGUAGAGUGGUGAUGAUUAAUUGUUGAAACAUUCCUUUUUAAAGAUGAAUGCACCUCUAGUUGCACUGUAUGUUUUCAUCUGUGUGUCUGAUUUUAAAGAUGUCUUAUUUUACUUGAUAUCUUUUUUUUUAGAUUUUAGUUCAUCUACAACAUAAUUGAGCUAUCCUCUCUGUUGAUUCAGUGUUCUGUAGCUUCACUAGACUAGAUUGCCCAAUAGGUUUGGAUUCCUUGAGAUAUGUGUUCACGUUCUACGCAACACAAAUGAAGAUCUUUAUUUAAUUAUGAUGAAGUAAGUAAGACGUUAAGAUUGAUGCUAAA